AUGUCACCCCCGCCAGGCGUCAAUGCCCAGCUGCGCCAGCUCAUACACUACCAUCUCGACAACGGCUUUGUUGAAAACGCUCUGUUCCUCGCUGGCCGCUUGCAAGCACUCGAACCCCGCAAUCCAGAUGCAGCCCACCUGCUUGCCCUCUGCAAUCUUCGCCUCGGUAGAUACAAGGCCGCCUUUGACGAUGCGCGCACCAAGGGAAUGCACACGCAGCAUCUGGGAUGCGCCUACGUAUUCGCCCACGCUUGUCUCGCCCUAGGCCGCUACGAGCAGGGUGGCCAGGCGCUGGAGAAGGUGCGCAGUCUGUGGGCAGGGCGCAACCAUUGGAAUAAACACUCCGAGACUUCGCGACGACACGUUCCAGAUGCAGCAGCCUGCUAUUGCCUACUAGGAAAACUAUACGCAGCACAUGGUGAUACGAGGAAAGCCAUUGACUACUUCGUCGAAGCGCUUAAGAUCAAUUCCUUCAUGUGGGAUGCAUUCACCGGCCUUUGCGAUAUUGGCGCCGUCGUCCGCCCACACAACAUCUUCAAGAUCACACCCGAUAUGCUUCCCUUCGCCCAAACACCCGAAAUAGAUCCCUUCAACACAAGGCAAGCCAGCGACGGUGGGCUAAAUAUGGGAGGAUCGAAUCUGCUUUCAAAGCUGAAUGGUCGCGCUACGCAACCCAACUCGCACCACGAAUUCGAUACUCCAGUGGCGAAUGGUCAGAAUAUGCAUGAUGAACAUGUUAUGAUGGCUGAAACUGGUGGCCCUGUCAUGUCACGGGCAGUCACUUCAAGGGUACGCACCAAGACGAAUCCAGAUGGCGACCAGACGGACAUCCCACGACCCGUAUACCAGAACGGACAUAAGAGAACCGUGUCUGGCCAUUCAUUACACCAAACGCAGAACGCACCUCCUCAACCGUUGGACCCCACUGCAGCGCCACCACGGCGCAGUGUGAGGUUGUUAAACUCCAUUACCCAGAUCCGACCGUCAAACCCACGGCAAGGGAUGAUAUCAAGUAAAGAAAUUGAGUCGAAGGAGAGGCGUGAGAUGCGAAAAGCAAGAGCCGCAGCUCCUAAAUCACGAUCAGGGACUACAUCGACUGUAGGAAGAGUUGUUAGUGGAAACAGGAAACCGCAUAUCGAGACGUCUGAGCCAUCGAAACCUGAGGGCAGACCUCAAAACGGGGCCCCAGUGGCUGUAGCACCACCUCCGAGAAUGGCUCCACAAGCUGACACAUCACGGGAGCGGGAGGUUUUAAAUUGGUUGCUAGACCUACUCCUCAAGAUUGGUUCGGGCUAUCGACAUCUGAGUCGUUAUGAUGCGUCCAAGGCGUUGGAAGCAUUCACAGCCGUGCCCAAGGCACAGCGUGAAACACCUUGGGUCCUUGCACAAAUCGGCAAAGCAUACUACGAGCGCACACACUACGCAGAAGCAGGAAGCACAUUCCGAAAGAUCCGAGAAAUGGCGCCUUCUUCAUUAGAGCAUAUGGAGGUAUAUUCCAACACACUAUGGCAACUGAAAGAUGAGGUAUCCUUGGGCCACCUUGCCCACACACUUAUGGAUCAAGAUCGACUAUCUCCACAAGCAUGGUGUGCACUCGGCAAUGCUAGUUCUCUGGACCGACAGCAUGAUGAUGCUGUAAAAUGCUUCUCACGCGCUACACAGCUGGAUCCAAAGUUCGCCUAUGCUUACACACUACAAGGACACGAGCACGUGGCAAACGAAGAGUUUGACAAAGCCAUGGCUGCUUACCGCAACGCCAUCAGUGCAGAUAACCGGCACUACAAUGGGUGGUAUGGUCUGGGCAAUGUGUAUGAACGUCUGGGUAAAUACGAAGUAGCCGAGAAGCACUAUCGGGCAGCGGCAGAAAUCAACCAGAACAACGCCAUGAUACUUGUUCGAAUAGGUCUUGUUCUGGACCGCAUGAAGAAAAUCGAGCCCGCCCUUUUGCAAUUCGAAAAUGCCAUCCGAAUCGACCCCCGCUCCGUCAUGGCCCGCUUCCGCAAAUCCCAAGUCCUUCUCAAACUCAACGCCCCACAAGAAGCCCUCAAGGAACUCUUGUACCUCAAAGAUGCCGCACCCGACGACCCAAACAUCCAUUUCCUACUAGGAAGAUGUUACAAGAAACUGCGCGACCGCUCAAGUGCCAUCCGCCACCUAACCAUUGCCAUGAAUCUCGACCCCAAAAGCCAUGGCGUCAUCAAAGAAGUCAUGGAGAGUAUCGAUCAAGAAGAUGAUGGGGGAUGGAGUAGUGAAGACGAGCAUUGA